UUUUCACUUUGAGAAAGAUAGAAUGGAUACGAUUUCAAAUGGAUGGUUUAGCGAAAUCCAGGAUGAAUUAUGGCCUGGACAAUCAUUUUCCUUAAAAAUUAAAGAAGUUCUCCAUAAAGAAAAGUCAAAGUUUCAAGAUAUACAGGUAGUUGAAACCGAAACAUUUGGACGGUGCCUAAUUCUGGAUGGAAUCAUUCAAUGCACGUCCAGAGAUGAAUUCUCGUACCAGGAAAUGAUAUCAUUUUUGCCGUUAUGUUGCCAUCCAAAUCCACAGAAAGUUUUAAUUGUUGGUGGCGGUGAUGGAGGCGUUGCCCGCGAAGUCGUAAAACACCCACUGGUCAAGGAAGUGCAUCAAGUAGAAAUAGACGAUCGUGUUGUUGAAUUAUCUAAAAAGUACCUUCCGGCAAUGGCAUGUGGAUUUGAUAACAACAAAUUAAAACUUACCAUCGGCGAUGGGUUUGAGUACAUGAAAAACCACAAAAAAGAAUUUGAUGUUAUUAUAACUGAUAGCUCUGAUCCAAUUGGCCCGGCGGUCAGUUUAUUUCAAGAAAGCUACUACGGAUUACUUAAAAAUGCCCUAAGAGAUGGAGGAAUAGUGUGCUCUCAAGGCGGUAGCUUCUGGUUAGACUUUGAUUACGUAAAGAAAACAAUGACAGGAUGUGGGCAACAUUUUCCAAAAGUUGCAUACGCCAUAACUUCGGUUCCAUCUUAUCCUUGCGGUCACAUUGGAUUCGUAAUAGGAUCUCUAGAUGCAAACAGUUGUCUUGAAGACCCCGUAAAUAAGUUUGAAAAAUCCGAAAUAGAUUCUUUAAAUUUAAGAUACUAUACAAGUCAAAUUCAUUCCGCUGCUUUCACAUUACCUCGUUGGGUUGAAAAACAUUUUUACGAAUAACAAAUAAUAUUUCGCUAUGCAAUUUAAAUAAAAAUGAAUUUAUGUGUUUUGUCAGUUCAUUUUGAAUGUUAAUAAAACAAAAUAUAUUUUUUCUUA